AUGACGGCAUUCGGUCUUGCUCUUCUCUCAACCCUCUUCCUGCUCCUUGCCACAUGCACUGACUGCUGGAUGGUGAACGCUGAUGACAGCUUGGAGGUAAGUCACAAAUGCCGGGGGCUUUGGAGGGAGUGUGUCACCAACAUGCAGGACGGGGUCAGAACCUGUGACCAGUACGACUCCAUUUUGGCAGACCAUCCAGUGAAGAUCGUGGUGACGCGGACCCUGCUGAUCACAGCAGACCUCCUGGCUGGCCUGGCUUUGGCUACGUUGCUCCUUGGGCUCGACUGCAUCAAGUUCCUCCAGGAAGAGCCUCGUGUCAAACUGAAGAUGUGCUACGGGGCCGGUGUCAUCCUCAGCAUCGGGAGCAUCCUGGGUCUUGUGGGCUCUGUGUGGUAUGCGGUGGACGUCUACCUGGAGAGAUCCAUGCUGGUGUCGCACAAUAUAUUCCUGGGAGUCCACUACGACUUCGGGUGGUCGUGCUGGCUGGGGAUGGCUGGCUCGACAGGCUGCUUCGUGGCAUCCGUCCUGCUGACCUGCUGCCUCUAUGCCUGCGCAGGGAUGUACGUAGGGUGA